GAACCAGCGGUCUGUUGACUCGCAGUUCAUGAGAACCUGAGAGUAGGCGAAGGGGGAAAUACGCUUUCACAAGAGAAUGAAUCCUGACUGUUAGCUAGUUAAUCUCACUGUAUUAGGUUUUAAUGUAACACCGUCAAAAGCUCGCCGUUAAAUGUGAUUUGGCUGUCCUCACCAUGUCCAGAAGUCGGUGGUCCAGGCGUUCAAAGCCAGGGGCAUUCCCGGGCCUGUGUGACCCCCCCAAGGGUCAGGGCAUCCAUGUUUACCUGUUCUGGUCAAAGGAAGGGGAACAAUAUUUGUCCCACACAAGUGGAAGAGUCACAGCAGAGGAGCUGUGCAUCUCAGCUGCAGAGGCUGUAGGGAUAAUUCCUCUGUGCCAUGUGUUGUUUGCUCUGUACAAUCCACAAUCACGUUGCUGGUACAGUCCAAACCAUGAUUUCAGCCCAGAAAACUCCACCCUCGUACUUUACUACUGUAUGAGGUUUUACUUUCGGAAUUGGCACGGACUUAAUGAGAAGGAACCAACUGUAUCCCGUUAUGCUCUAAGAUCUGGGACAAGUCAGGGCGGUUACCCUUUGCUUGACUUCACAUCCUUGGAAUACUUAUUCUCCCAGGCAAAAUUUGAAUUUGUGAACGAAGUAGUACAGAUGGAAGACAUUGAGUCUGAGGAGGAGAUAAGCCGCUUCAAAAAUGAGAGCUUGGGGAUGGCUGUGCUUCAACUCUCACACCAGGCAAUCCAAACAGACUGUACCUUACAAGAUGUUGCAGAAAAAGUCAGCUUCCUGCACUGCAUUCCAAGGUCUUUCGCCAAACUCAUUUCCAAAGACAACUUCCUGACAAAAAUCAGGAUCCGGCGGGUGUUUGCAGAGUUUGUGCGGACCUUCCAGCAGCACACUGUGGAUAAGGGGCGACUAGGCGCCCACGAGAUCAUGUAUAAGUACAUCUCUACUCUCGAACACUUGGCACCACGUUUUGGAACAGAGACUUUCCCUGUAUCCCACCUGGAACUGAGAAAGGACGGGGAUGGAAGCAGCUCUUACUCUAACACCACCCAUGCGCAGGGUGCCUCGAAAGACGACUUCAUUGUUCCCGCCACACAUGAGAUGAUGGUGUCUGGCACCAAGGGGAUUCAAUGGAGGAAGGUGUCCGGUCAGAAGGCGCAGGCAAACACUUACUUCAGGAAUGACUACAUGAACUACAUGAAGAAAACAAAACAACAGUCCAGCCAACCAAAUGCAGACACUCCCAAUAAAUGGACCUCCUUCUGUGAUUUCCCUGAAAUAACUCACAUAGCCAUCACUGGAGAUAAUGUGUGCAUUAGCACUCAGGACAACCACUGCAUGGAGGUUCAGAUGAACUCCAGCCAGCAGGCCCGUUCCUUCAUCUCCCUCCUAGAUGGAUACAACCGGCUGACUGCAUUCGCCCACCACUAUCUUUGUCAUGAUGUGGCUCCCCCAAGGGUAGUGCUGAGUUUAGCAAAUGGACUGCAUGGACCUAUGCAUGAUGAUUUUGUGCUGCUGAAGCUGAAAAAGGAGGCAGCAGAGGAGGGAGCUUUCCUCGUACGUUGGAGUGCGCUUGACUAUCGGCGCAUCAUACUAGCUGUCCUGAACAAAAAUGAGAACGGAUCGAAGCCAAGCCAUAAGCAGUUUCGGAUUCAGCUCAAGGGUUCCAUGUUCUGUCUGGAGGGCUGGGAUCGAGAAUUCUCCAGUGUGAAGGAGCUCACAGAAAGCCUCAAGACCUUUGUACUCAAGUCUGGUUCGGACAGCUUUACUGUAAAAAAAUGCUGUUUGCCAAAACAAGCAGAGCUAUCCAACCUUCUAGUGAUAAGGCAAGGUGUUCACAUUGACUCCUUGUCCCUGAACAUGACCCAGCUACGCUUCCACCAGAUCAAGGACAAAGAGAUCAUACAGGGACAACAUUUGGGCCGUGGGACCAGAACUAACAUCUACUCAGGACGUCUGCUGGUGCGAGGUGGAGGCGAAAACGAUGAAGACGAAGAGUGCAACAACAACUUUGCUGACCGCAAAGGGAUCCACGUGGUUCUCAAGAUUCUAGACCAAAGCGAUAAAGAUAUUGAUAUAGGCUUUUUGGAAACCGCAAGUCUCAUGAGCCAGGUAUCCCACAGCCACCUGGUGUUUGUACAUGGUGUGUCAGUCAAAGGAUCUGAAAACAUCAUAGUGGAAGAAUUUGUGGAGUUUGGGCCUUUGGAUGUUUUCCUUCGCAAAGAAAAGGCAUCCGUGACUCCUCAGUGGAAAUUCAUUGUUGCAAGACAACUUGCCAGUGCCCUCAAUUAUCUUGAGACCAAACAGCUGGUUCAUGGAAACGUCUGUGCCAAGAACAUUCUGGUGGCAAGGCGUGGUCUGGAGCAUGGCACUACUCCUUUUGUCAAGCUGAGUGACCCAGGAAUUGCCCUGAGUGUCCUUUCACGGGAAGAGCGUCUUGAGCGUAUCCCAUGGAUUGCCCCUGAGUGUGUUGACAGCGGUGCACCCAUUUUCAGUGCUUCUGACCAGUGGAGCUUUGGCAUCACGCUGCUCGAAAUCUGCAACAAUGGCGACCUUCCAAUGAGUGGCAGCACAUUGUCUGAGAAAGAGCGCUUUUAUCAGCAAAAGGGUCGUUUAGCUGAACCAUCCUCCCAGGAACUGGCCAGCUUCAUCAGCAUGUGUUUGACCUACGAGCCUGUGGAGAGGCCUUCCUUCCGCACUGUGCUCAGAGAGCUCACAGAAAUCAUGAUCAAAAGUGGGUCUUUACUUGCUCAGCUUUCUUUUUGUUUUUCUUUCAACCUACUUGGGGCAUUUGAUAAUGUGUUUUUUGUUUUUCGGCACACAGAUCCUGAUAUCUCCCCCAGUGAAACUCUCCCUGACACAGACCCUAGCGUGUUCCAUAAACGCUACCUGAAAAAAAUGCGGGAUUUAGGAGAGGGUCACUUUGGAAAAGUCACUCUCUACUUGUAUGACCCGGCCAACGAUGGGACAGGAGAGCUAGUGGCAGUGAAGGCUUUGAAACAGGACAACGGUCAUGUGCCUGAGGGUUGGAUAAAGGAGAUUGAGAUCCUCAAGUCCCUUUAUCACAGCAACAUUGUCAAGUACAAGGGCUGUUGCACUGAACUGGGAGGACAAGUGGUGCAGCUGAUAAUGGAGUACCUUCCUCUGGGGAGUCUGCAAAAGUACCUUCCCACACAUAAACUGGGAAUGUCCCGGUGCCUCAUGUUUGCUCAGCAGAUCUGUCAGGGUAUGGAGUACUUGCACUCUAAGCGAUACAUCCAUCGAGACCUUGCUGCCCGUAAUGUCUUAGUGGAAAAUGAGAGUUUGGUGAAGAUUGGAGACUUUGGCCUGACAAAGUACAUCCCAGAGGGCGAGAUCUACUACCGUGUCCGUGAGGAUGGGGACAGUCCAGUGUUCUGGUAUGCCAUUGAGUGCUUGAAGGAGAGUAAAUUUUCCUUUUCCUCUGACAUUUGGUCCUUUGGCGUUACGUUGUACGAGAUCCUGACCCGCUGUGACCAUCGCCAAAGCCCUCCAGUAAAGUUCUUUGAAAUGAUGGACGGAGCCCAGGGACAGAUGACUGUGAUGGUACUCAUUAAACAGUUGGAGAAACAGCAGCGAUUGCCUCGUCCCAAAGACUGCCCGCAUGAGCUGAAGAUGUUAAUGGAGCAGUGUUGGGCUGCAGACCCUGCACAACGGCCAUCAUUCAGAUCCCUCAUCGAAAAGUUUGAGGCUAUUCGCCAAACAUACGACUGGCAGUCUCAUAUAAACUUUUCCUCGGCUCAGAUUUGCUGAUCAGGACUCUGAAGAUCUAAUUGUCUACAUGUCAUCACUUUGCCACCAUGGCCACCAUAUAUUACAGGGUAGCCAGUGAUGUGUUUCUCGCUGGGAAAUGCCUGCUGUCCAUAUUUACAUAAUUUCUUUAUACUGUAGGUUUCAUUUUCAUAAAAGCACACUGCUAUCCUCUCAUGUCUGAUGUUAACACAAUGAUAAACUCAAUAAGUGUUUUUUUAUUGUUGACUGAUGAGUUGAACUUAAAGAGAAAGGGCGAUGCCUUGGGAAGAAUGUCAGGUUUUGUCUUUUUAAAAGUAAUAGGUCUGCAUAUAUCACAGUAAGUAUUAAGAAUGCCUGUAAGGUUGGGAGAAUACUAUCUUUUAAUUUGUGUUUAAUGUUUGUACAUUUUUUUGAGUGUUAACUUUGUGUUUAAUUUUGUAUAAACCAAAAGAACAAAUUCAAAAUAUAACGCAUUUUCACAUGCUAUUUUAUUAAAAACUGAAACCGAUUAA